GUGAACAUUAUGUAAUCUAAGACGCGUUCAGACUUAGAUUACUUCCCCUGUCUCUCGCCUCUCUCGUCUUCGACCUUCGUCGUCUCUCAUCCAAGCAUUCAUCGUUCUUGCGCAUAUACUCCUCAGUUCUUCGCUCUACAUCAUGUCUGGCCCCCCUGCUGGUAUCCCCUUCACUCCCGCAGUCCCAGCUGGUCUUGGCAUACAGUCUGCUCCCACCUCUGCUCUGGUAGUCACAGCUGUUCCAAUCUCAUCUACCCCUGCCAACCCCACCAUUUCAGUCCCCGCUCCUCCUGUUUCGUCCGCUAAUACCACUCAGCCCCCACCUUCUUCAGUGGUUAUGCCCACUAGCAAUGCUGGUAACCCCUCCCAGCAAAUUUUGGCCACAUAUAUGCUGCUUCCCCCCUCAGACCAGCUUGCACUAGACUCUUUGCUUGAGAACCACUGCAACUCCCCAACCUCAACUCAUUGGUUCAAGGUUCAAUGUGCUCUCCUGUUUGACCUUUUGGACAAUGCUCCCAUUUUCUCUCUGGACAGCACGUGCCUUCCCAUCCCCAAACUUAUUAACAACCUCGCUGAUGCCGGCUUCCAUGUACCUUUAACCCUUUUUUCCUAUGACGCUCUACAUAAAUUACAGAACCAACCUCUUGCUGUUAAAACGGUCAAGGUUCACCAGAACGGUCAGAACGUUCAUAUUCUUGACAUCACCCAAUUUCCUCCUGAAGAGGAGAUGCUCCCUUUGGACUGGCAUUCAGCCUGGGAGCACUAUAUCAAUUGGAUUGGCACUCAAGAGGGUCUCAUUGCAAAGCACAUGUGGUCCUGCCACUUUCACUUUCUCAUGCACAUUCAUAAGUUCCACGAGCGCUUCCCAGCCAUCCUUCAGUUCGACAUGGACGUUCGCUCCACU